AUGUCUGGAGGAGACAUGGCCAAACCCCUCCUGGGCCAUGGGAGCAUGGAGGGUGACCCCAGCAUCAUGCCUGCAACCGGCCACACCAUUGGGGUGCUGGGGAGCGGGGACUUCGCACGGUCCUUGGCCAUCCGCCUGGUGUGCUCCGGCUUCAAGGUGGUGGUCGGCAGCCGCAACCCAAAGCGCAAAGCUGGCCUCUUCCCUUCUGCAGCAGAAGUCACCUUCCAGGCUGAUGCGGUGAAGAAGACGGAUGUCAUUUUUGUGGCAGUUUUCAGGGAACAUUACUCCACCCUCUGUGACCUGGCUGAUGUAAUGGCGGGCAAGGUCCUGGUGGAUGUUAGCAACAACACCGAGAUCAACCAUCACAAAGAAUCCAACGCUGAGUACUUGGCUUCCCUGUUCCCAGCCUGCACUGUGGUCAAGGGGUUUAAUGUGAUUUCUGCGUGGACACUGCAGUCAGGUGCCAGGGAUGGAAAUAAGCAGGUUCUGAUUUGCUCAAAUAACCAAGAAGCCAAGCGCACUGUAGCAGAAAUUGCUCAAGUCAUGGGAUUCACCCCUGUGGACAUGGGCUGCAUAUCGUCAGCCUCUGAGAUUGAGAAUAUACCCCUGCGCCUCUUGCCAGCCUGGAAAAUCCCCAUCUUUUUGGGUCUGGGGCUCUUUCUUUGCUUCUUCACUUACAACCUGAUCCGGCAGGUCAUCCACCCUUAUAUCAGGGAGCAGAAGAACAAGUUGUACAAGAUCCCCAUUGAGGUGGUCAACACAACGCUGCCGUGCGUUUCUUACGUCAUGCUGUCUCUCGUCUACCUGCCCGGGGUGCUGGCAGCCUGCUUGCAGCUCUACUAUGGCACCAAAUACAGGCGCUUUCCAGAUUGGCUCGACCAGUGGCUCCAGCACCGAAAGCAGAUUGGUCUCCUCAGCUUCUUCUGUGCAGCUUUGCAUGCCGUGUACAGCCUCUGUCUGCCCAUGCGCCGCUCUCACCGCUACCAGUUAAUCGAGAUGGCCGUCAAGCAGGCUGCGGAGAAGAAGAUGAAUAUCUGGGUAGAGGAGGAAGUCUGGAGGAUGGAGAUUUAUAUCUCUGUUGGAAUAAUUGCCCUGGGCUUGCUGUCGUUACUUGCCAUCACUUCACUUCCAUCCAUCGCAAACUCUCUCAACUGGAGGGAAUUCAGUUUCAUUCAGUCUACCCUUGGAUUUAUUGCCUUGGUAAUCAGCACUCUGCACACACUCACGUAUGGAUGGUCGAGGGCCUUCGAUGAGAACCAGUAUAAAUUCUACCUCCCUCCAACCUACACCCUCACGCUGCUCGUCCCAUGUACUGUGAUCCUAGCAAAAGUCAUCUUCAAUUUGCCCUGCAUCCGGCAAAGACUUCUGCGAAUCAGGAGAGGCUGGGAGAAGGGGAGAUACGUGAAGUUUGUUCUGCCCAGUGCAACGGGGGAAUAUUCAAGCGGGGAGACCUCCAGCAAUGUCUAACAGAGCCCCGGCUGUGACAGAGGAUUUCAAAGCACUAUCAACAUUUCUAUAAAGG